AUGCUGAUGUUGGCGGAACUCGAAGAAACCGCAAGCCCACCUUCCUUGGUGGGCGUACCCGAAGGCUAUACAUCGUACGUAACCACGUCCGUCCCCCCCAUCGAGCAAGUUUAUCUUGUUUCGGUGUGCCCUAGCGCCCGCUCAUGCAUCUUUUCCCAGCUGAGGCCUGUUUUGACGAGAACAAGAUGGAUGGUCCUUGUACCAAGAGAUACUUUUCUGGCCAGAGCUCAGUGCUACGGUAGCAAUAUGCCCAGUCCAAACAACAACAACCCGCCUCUUGGGCUGCGAUGCUCACGGGUAAACCGCCGAGAAUACACACCCGACGACCUGCGUUGA